AUGGCCGCCCAACUCACCCCUUCGAAGCAGGCUGCUUCCUCCCUCGAGAACCUCAAGAUGAGCGACUCCCCUAUCAAGAAGCUCGACUUCGAGUCCGUCGGCAAGGAGAACUUCAAGCCCGUCGACGCCGCCACCACCGACAAGAUCGCCGAGAAGCCCCUCGAGGUUACCAAGGCUGCUCCUACUUGGAAGGAGCUUGAGGCCACUGAGCCCCUCCUGCAGGAGAACCCCAACCGCUUCGUUAUGUUCCCCAUUAAGUACCACGAGAUCUGGCAAAUGUACAAGAAGGCCGAGGCCUCUUUCUGGACUGCUGAGGAGAUCGAUCUCUCCAAGGAUCUCCACGACUGGCACAACCGCCUGAAUGAUGACGAGCGCUACUUCGUUUCUCACGUUCUUGCUUUCUUCGCUGCCUCUGACGGCAUUGUCAACGAGAACCUUGUCGAGCGUUUCAGCGCUGAGGUCCAGGUCACCGAGGCUCGCUGCUUCUACGGUUUCCAAAUCAUGAUGGAGAACAUCCACUCCGAGACCUACUCCCUCCUCAUUGAUACCUACAUCAAGGAGCCCAAGCAACGCACCUACCUCUUCGAUGCUAUCGAGACUAUCCCCUGCAUCAAGAAGAAGGCUGACUGGGCCAUCCGCUGGAUCAAUGACCGUGAGACCACUUUCGCCUCCCGUCUGGUUGCCUUUGCCGCUGUCGAGGGUAUCUUCUUCUCCGGCUCCUUCGCCUCUAUUUUUUGGCUCAAGAAGCGUGGUCUGAUGCCCGGUCUGACCUUCUCCAACGAGCUGAUCUCCCGCGAUGAGGGCCUCCACACUGACUUCGCCUGCCUCCUGUUCUCUCACCUGAACAACCGUCCCGAGAAGAAGGUUGUCGAGGACAUCAUCGUUGAGGCCGUCGGCAUCGAGCAAGAGUUCCUGACUGAUGCUCUCCCUUGUGGUCUGCUCGGCAUGAACGCCAAGCUGAUGUGCCAAUACAUUGAGUUCGUCGCUGACCGUCUCCUGCUCGCUCUCGGAAACCAGAAGUACUACAACUCCGCCAACCCCUUCGACUUCAUGGAGUCCAUUUCCCUGGCUGGCAAGACCAACUUCUUCGAGAAGCGUGUCGGUGACUACCAAAAGGCCGGUGUCAUGGCAUCCACCAAGAAGGAGACCAACGCCGAUGGCGAGCAGACCACUGCCAGCGAUGGCCUGAACUUUGACGAGGACUUCUAA